AUGCACUUGUCAUCACCUGGCACAUCUUCUAUAGAGGAGCUUGCAUAUUCCGAUAUUGUCGACUCAUCUGUAAACGGUGAAGAAGAGCCUUCUGUUACACGUAGAAGGGCACCUGUAUCUGCUUAUACAUUUGAUACUCUUCCAAAUGCAAAAUCUGCAAAAGAUGUUUCUCUAACACCUUCCCAAAAAUCAACGUAUUCUUAUCCAACAACUUGUGCACAGCGUUUGGAUAGUCCAAUCUACAGUUUGGCAUCUCCACUACAUGCAUCUAUUGAGAGCACUAGAGAAGAAACACCCUUCGUAUCCAAGCUGCUUCUAGCCAAACCAAGCGCAGGUAUUGCAAGGAAUACGAAAGAUAUCCGAUACUAUCCUUUCAAAAUGCUUUGUCGUAAAAAAAUAUUCUGCAAGUACAAGACACCAUUUCUUGUUUCUGUACAUCGCAAGCUCCAAUCUGUCAGGGCCUUUUGCAAGACAAAAAAAUCGACUGCAGAAGUACUCAAGGCAGCUAGACGACUUGGUCGAGAUAUUACGGUGCUUGCUACGCUUCAAGAGCAAAUGCUGCAGGAAUAUGGAUUAUUAUUAAAAAUGACAACAGCUUUUUCUUAG